UUGUUUUUGGCCAAAUAAAAUAACAGUCACAAGCACAUUCGUUUUCACUUCGUAACUGCAGUGGAGAAUUCCUGUAAAUCAUCUGACACCUCCCACUGUGGGGGGGGGCUGCAUGAUGUAACUUGUUUUUUGUCCAAAUAAAAGUAGGGUUAUUACAAAAGAGUAUUGGUGAUGUGUUAGACCUCUGUCUAAAACCUGGUGCAUUAUAACGGAAAAGGAGCUUUUCAGUUUUUAAAACAGAUUUAAGCAAUACCAGCUGUGUGCUGCUGUUGUCUAGAAACACCAUGGCAGAGUACCAGUAUUCUUCUUUUCAGUGACAGUCGAGGUGCUGAGAUACACACAGGCAGCUUUCUACUCAGUCGAAUUUUUACUGUCUUGUAGCUGAACAGGAGGAAAAGUAUACAGCUACAUUAGAAGACACUCGACAAAGAGUCAUGGAAGACGGUCAACAUUUCACUCAUGGGAGCUCCUCAAAGAAGGAACAACAACAUAAAUAUAUGAAAAACAAAAUAGAAAUAAAAGGAUUCCUCACAAGAUAUAUUCUAAAAACCUGGACUCUACUUGACAGUGAAAGUCUGAAGAGAAUGGCAUUUGGUGAAAUAGAUGAGAGCAAACCUCAUAAAACCAUGAUAAUGGUUGGCGAAACAGGAGUGGGGAAGACGACUCUCAUCAACUCCAUGGUCAACUACAUGCUUGGUGUUGAGAGUAAAGACAGAAUUUGGUUUGAGGUCAUAGAGACAAAAGAAAACCAAUAUGAAUCUCAAACCUCUACAGUAACGGUGUAUGAUUUAUUUACUGAACACUGCCCAUUCUCUCUGACCAUCAUUGACACACCUGGAUUUGGAAAAACAGAAGGUACAGAUGAGGAUUUAAAAGUUGCUGAAAGUUUGCUUGAGUUACUGAGAUCCGGUGAAAGGGUUGAUAAAGUUGAUGCCGUGUGUCUGGUGAUGUCAUCCAGCACGGUUCGACUCAAUACAAGACAGAACUAUGUUUUCAAUGCUGUUCUUUCCUUAUUCAGCAAUGAUGUGAAGAAAAACUUUGUUGUGUUCGUCACACAUGCACCAACAAAGCCUACAAAUUCUAUCAAAGCCAUCAAAGAAGCCAAAAUCCCAUGCGCUCAGACUGAUGAUGAGGAGCCUGUGUAUUUCAGGUUCGACAACAGUCACUGUGAAAACAUUUCUGUGAAUUCCGAUUGUGAAGAGGAAACUGAUCAACUGAUUCAAGGUUUUCAUGCAGCAUGGGAUCUGUUCAACACAAGCAUGGAUGACUUUUUGACUUUUCUAAAGGGGAACAAACCUGUAAGUUUGAAGAAUACUAAAAGUGUGCUGACACACCGCAAGCAGCUAGUCAAACACAUCACCAGUUUAAGGAAACAAAUCAAUGCAAUGCAGCUUGAACAUGAAUUUGAAGAGUCCUACAGAGAAAAGGUACCAAUUGACCCGUCAACAGGUUUGAGCAAAGAGGCUACUUGCUGCAGUGUGUGUGAGGUGAACUGUCAUUAUCCAGGAUGCUGGUGGGUCAGAGAUCUUUCAUGGUGUACUGUCAUGACUAAGAAUUAUUGCACAGUGUGUCCAGGAAAGUGCCACUACACUGACCAUGUUAAAGAGGGAAAAAUCUAUGAGACGAAGACCAGGAAGGUCAAGAAGACUUUGAAAGAUCUGAAAAAGAGCUACGGGAAAGAGUCUGAUGAGAAUAAGAGACGGAUACACCAACUAGAGGAAGCAAUCUCCAAACAAGAAAGAGAAAUAACCAGACUGGUGGAAGAAUGUGAUAAGUGUAUUCAUGUCCUCCAGGAGAUCGCCUUAAAGACUGAUGCUCUCUCUGAACUUCAGGAUCUGGACUUCCUGUGUAAGGAAGCAAAGGAAACUCAAUGUAAAGAAGAAAUAGUACAGAAACUUGAAGAAUUGAAGAAAAAGGCAGAGGGGAAGUCCGACAUGACUAGACUGUAGAUGUAUGCAGGAAAUGGCUAGAUCAUCACUUUACAUAAUAACAGUCCACUGAUCAUUUCAUCAGUACUGUGUAGUGUGCUCUACAAAUCACUCUAUGAUGAGGUGUUUAUUUUCUUAUUAGUUAUUUAGUCAUAUGAUGAAAGAGGAAGCCUCUUCCAGAUUAAUGUAUCUAUGAAUCCUCUGAUUUUCUUUGUCUUCAUAUCAUUAAUUGUGCUUCUUUGGCCUCUGCAUCCCUGUAUGUGGCUUGAUACUAGCAUUAAAUGAUAAAAAUAUCCUUAAAAUGAUUUUCUCAGUGUUUUCUUUAUUAAUACUAUUGAAAUAAAAUCUAAUUACAAAAGGCAAUGGGGGCUGAUAUAUACAAAAAAUAUCUGUGCUAUAAUGUUGAUCUGACAAAGAAAAUGUUUCUGUUCUUGGAACACUGGGAUUAAUCGCCAAACCCCAGCAUCUACACAGUGAUGGAGCCCAAAGUAGAAACAUAGCUGUUUUUUUAGUUCAAAGUAUGUAGACAAACGUAAACUGGCCAUUUAGCUUUGUAAGCUACCUGACUGAUGUUAGUGACCUCUCAUCAUUUUGCCUGUUUUCAUUCAGCCAGAACUUAUUGCAAAUAUUUUACAGAAGGAUCAGAGACAAUCUUAGAUAUCGUAGAUAUUUACUCUGUAUGAAAGUAUGAAAGAUGUUCUGCAGAUUCUUAUUAUUACUGUACAAGUACAAGUCUUUAACUCUUCUGCAGGGAUUUACACUCUUUAUAUUGUAUGUGUGUUGAUCUUAUUUCUUUACUUGAAGGAGUAAAGGCUUUAAAAUAUCAGUGUAUUUUGAAGGUUCAGAAAGAGAAAGUAUCACAUGUAAAUAUUUCUUCAUUUAACAUUACAGGUUACAAAAUGCUCCUGUUUUUUUCUCUUUAUUUUCAGUAAACAGUGAACCAAAGUAACUAACACUUUUGGUUUUGAUUAAAACAUGGACAGGCGGAUCGCUACGUGGACUAACAGAUAAUCGCUACGUGGAUUCUGAAAACUGAACAUUAUUUCCAACCAAA